AACUCCAACACGGCAGUGGUGCAGCGCACCCUGUUACCUUCUUUCUCACUAUGUUUUUUUCAGUCGGUCGUGGUUCUUUUGACGCUGACUCAACAGCGUGCGUUCGGCUAUUUAUUUUGGUACAGUAUCCAGAUAUCACGUUAUUAUGUUUACGUAUAAUACCUUUGGUUCUGUUCACACUUGUAUAAAUUUGACACGCGACUUUUAACUUUAAAGCCCACGGGAGAAACCCCCCAGGUCCAACUAUUCUUCAUGUGGAAAAGUAAUAAGGGACUUUUUACUUGAUGAAGAGAUGGCUUUCAACAAGAAAAAUAUAUGGGUUUGGCCCAGAUCUUUGAAUAUCUGUCCCUGACUCGUAGCAGGGUGUGUUUUUGGAACUUGCAGCGAGCGAGCGCGAGACAGAGAGAGGGAGAGAGAGAGAGAGGGAGAAAAAAAGAAAAGGUCGUAAUGAGCGGAGCUUGGGAGCUCGGAUUGGCAUACCUCCCAACGCUACUCUAAAUAGGAAGCGCAGAACAUAAUGCAUUCUGGAGAAACGCUGGAAAAUACGACUCGACACUGGAUCAAAGGGGAAAUGGGGAACAGAUGCCUGGGCUCGUUCCCUCCCCUCCUCCCUUCGUCGGUCACACGUAAAAUUCAUCUCCAGUCUGAAAGCGGUCCAGCUAGGGACUACCGCUGGAACGGAACGGAGCUGGUUUGAAAAAAAAAGUGCUUCGACUGCGCGAGGGAUGGGGGCGACGCUCGUGUUUUCUCCAGACGUACACAACUAUCAUUCCGACCGACGGGGCUGCAGCAUCGUCGCACCUUUCUGGAUUGCCAGCGGAGUCUUUACGUCUAGGGGGAAAACAGGGCUCAAUGGACGAAACCAACACAACCCGUAAUUUCAAGGGCUUUGUUCAGAUCCUAACACGGUCAAGAAAGUGAUGGUGCCCGCCGCGUUCAGUUUCUGAAGGAAGCUCGGACACAGCGGUCGCAUGACCUCGGUGACAGACAGAUAUGCACCAUUAAAUGUACAAUAGAAGUGAUUCGGCGCUCAUGCUAUUUGACAUGCGUUUUGAUUAUGGUCUAUAUUGUUCGUGGUAUAUUUGAGAAAUAAGUGAUUAGGGUACGAUAUCGAUUCGUCCUGACAAACAGUAUUUAGAUAGUUUGGUGUGAUAGGGGAAGAGCUAAAAUAUCAAGUGUUCUCUUGGAAAGGAACUCAGGAAGAAGAUUAUAUUUUCAAAAAAGAAAAAGAAAAUAAACGGACGCAAGUACAUCAACUCAAUUCAAGGUAGACCGGAGUGAGUGAGAGAUGACCCUGGUCCUGUCCAUGAAUCCCUUCUGCGACCACUCCGCCCCCGAAGCGGAUCCGGCUCUCCCGCAGUUCCUGCCCGUCUGGGAGUCGGAGCGCUGCAGCAAGAGCUGCCUCACCGGCCCCCCGCCACUGGAGUGCGCUGUGGAGCAGCUGGCCAAGGAACCCCACUGUAGAAGACUGCCCGAUCAUGUGACCACGUCAAGGAUCGCCUACUUCAAAAGGAAGUACGUGGAGGACGAGGACCCCCACCUCUGCUUCAGGAACUACUGCCAGACAGUGGCGCCGGUGCUGGAGGAGCGCGCCCACGUCCUGCGGCUGUCCCUGGAGAAGAUGCGCUUCAUCGACGACCCCGAGGCCUUCCUGCGCCGCUCCGUGCUGGUCAACAACCUCCUGCGUCGCCUGAGGGCCGAGAUCCUGCUGCAGAGCGACUGGUGCUUCCCCCCGGGCCCCGCCCCCGGCCCCGCCCCCGGUCCCGCCUGCCCCUGGGAGGCGCCGCAGGCCGGGCGGCCCUGCUUCGGCCCGCUGGGAGGGGGGGGGCCCUACCGCAAGCGUUUCCGGCUGGUACGCGGGGAGGCUCCGCCCGAGUGCCUGUCGGCCUGCUGCUGCUGCCUGUACGGCGGCCGCUACCUGCGCCUCCCCUUCUCCAUCUACGAGGAGGAGCCUUCGUCCUCUCCUUCCUCAUCCUCGUCCUCUUCCUCCUCCUCCUCCUCCUCCUCCUCGUCCUCCUCCUCUUCCUCCCCGCCCUUCCCUCAGCUGCUCCCCGCGGAAGGCAAGGAGGCGCGGGCGGACCCCUCGCGCCCCGGGCCGGACGCGCCCGAGGCCGGCAGGCCGGGCGAGGGACACGACGCCGCCAAAGAGCGGCCCAGGGCGCGGGACAGAACGGCAUGCUGGGAAGGGGAGCAGGGGACCAGGAAGGGAGCGGACAGACACGCGCGGGGCGAGCGGGGCGAGCGGGGCGAGAGGAGCGACGAGGCGAGGCGAGGCUCGCGCUGGGGCCCCGACCCCGCCGACCCCAAACAGGAAGCGGCCCCCUGGGGCCCGACGGGGAGGAAAGUGUAAAGGAGGGUUGCUAGGGGAAACGAGCCGAGGAAGAGGACAACCGAGGACGACGUCAUCGGGCCAGGGAACCGACGAAGGCAGCGGUGUGUUGCGUAGCGCUGGGACACCCCCCUCCCACACACUCCCCACCCCCCACCCCCCCCCACCUCCCAUCACAGGCCCAGGCCCGUAAUUAAAAUCACAAACCGUCCACCCACCCGCUCAUCGGGAAAUUGCAAGGCUGGUGCUGAAUCACUGUUGUUCAACGCGUCUAAGGGCAGUGCUGUUUUCCCCCAAACUUCUGUCUGCUGUUAAUGUGGGGUUUUCAUCCUUGAUUGGUGGGUGGGUCACUGAUUUUUUCUAACUUGUUUCUUUUUUUUUUUUGGGGAGUUUUGGAGAGUUCCUGCGUCCCAAACCUGGCGUCAACCCCAGAGUUGGGGUGGGGGGCGUUCCUCGCUGGUGAACUAUGGGGGAAUUUUUUUUUAAAAAGGCAGUUGGGUCUGAGGUUCCAGAGGUUCGAGCGUCCCGUGUCAGUAUUGUGGAUUGUGUCGGUUUUGUCCACCACACAGGACAGCUGAGAGAGGGGACUCCAGACUCUGCGUUCUCCUCGGGUGAGAAGCGUACGGUGCCUUACUUUUCUAACGUCUGGAGCUCUCCUCCUCGUUCGGGUGGUGUGUGGGGACGCCCUUGCUCGCGGCACGAGGUGCGGGAGGGUGCGGGACGCUCGCCGGGACGGUGCGGGACGCUCGCUCUCCGCACGAGGAUUCUUUUUUUUUUCGACGAGGUCUGCCAGCGUUCGGGCGAACGAGCGGAGAGGACGGAACGCGCGGGCGGAGGCGGGGAUACAACCGUUACUCACUCUCACGAAAAAAAAAACAAAAACCAGAACAAUGUUGUUGGAACAGCACUCGCAGGAAUCUGGGGAUGUCUGUUUUACAUCCUCACUCACCCCCCCCCAAAUCCCCCCCCGCCCCCACGCCCCCACACCCCCCCUUCCCCCCACCAGCCCCUGCAUCGCUUUUAACUUUCAACCAAACCAGAGCCAGAGAUGAGAUCUCAGUCUGGAGUUAAAACGGAUUGCCUAUCCAAAAAGGUCUGCCCUGCCCUGUUCUGUAAAGAAAUGGUGCGGAGAGUAUGUCAGAGGUGCGUGGCCAAUAGACACUGUGGUGCACCCUCUUCCUGAUUGACCGCUCUUAUGAAAGUGUCGCCAUUUUGCUUCGGACCAAUUAAAGUCAGGGUUUGCAGAAAGUGACUUGCGUCGGUUACAGUGGGCUCUCUCAGUGACUUUGCCUGCGGAGUUCAUUCUUUAUUACGAUCGAAUCACAGAAACUUCCGGAAACCUCCCCCCCCCCCCCCCCCCAUUUCUGACAAGGCACAAAUGAAAGUAUCAAAGUGUGUUAGCGUGUCGUUUGUUUUGUCAAUUUCCUUCUGUGGUCCUUUUUUUUUUUUUCUUUGUUUUUUCACCAAGAGCUUUCUAGCAUCACAGGAAGUGAGAAAUCGUUACAAAGAGCAAUACAAGGGUGUCAGGAUCUGAUACAAGCAUAAAAGCACAACCGUUUGCAUUUUCUUAUAAGAAAUGUGGUUCGUAGUAAAUCUACUUUGCUCAACGGUUUUUAUGUGAUGUUUAUUUUUUGUGACAACUGUAAGAAUUAUUAUGAUUAAAUAGAAUGUCCUGAAAUGCAUAA